GAUGAACAAAUAAGCACUGAAGAUGUUAAUGAAAGAAGAUAUAAAUUCAUUCGUGCUAAAGGUUAUGACAUACACUGUACUGUACAGUAUGACACAGGUAAAGCACCAGAAGCAUUUGGUUAUAACAAUGAAAUUUAUGCUUCAUACUUCUUUGUUAACGGUGUAUUAGUUGAACCAAGAUUUACUUUGAGAGUUAAGGCAAAAAUAACUUUUGAAGAUGCUAUUAAAAGUAAAGCUGACAAAGAUGAACUUGACGCAACGAACAAAGUUUUGAAAUCUCAUAAACACAAUAUCUCCGAUAUAAAUGAACUUCAAGCUACAUUAAAUAGUAAAGCUGACAAGAACCAUACACAUGAAUCCUUCACUACUGUUAGAGCAGACGAUGUAAUAUUGAACUAUACCCUUGGCUCAAGUGCACCUUUAGAGAAUCCAAGUACAAGCGUAAAAGAUACACUAAACUCCUUAAAUAGUAAAUGUAUGAACAUUGAAGGUCAUGUCAGAAACUUUGAAACAUAUAAACUACCAGCAAUGUUAGAUAAAAAAGCAGAUAAAGAACAUACACAUAACUCCUUCACUACUGUUAGAGCAGACGACAUAAUAUUGAACUAUGAUUUGGGUUCAAGUGUACCUUUAGAGAAUCCAAGUACAAGCGUAAAAGAUACUCUUAACAAUUUAGAUAACAGUUGCAGGAAUAUCGAAGAUCAUGCCAGAAACUUUGAAGCAUAUGAACUACCAACAAUGUUAGAUAAGAAAGCAGACAAAACAGAGCUUCAAACAUUACAGACUGAAAUACUUCAAACAUUAUAUCCUAUAGGCUCUAUUUAUACGUCAAUGAAUUCAACAAAUCCGGCAAGUGUUUUAGGUUUUGGUACGUGGCAGCAGAUUGUAGAUAAAUUCUUAUACUGUGCUAGAUAUUCAAAGCAAACAGGAGGAUCGAAGAAAAUUAAAGAAGCAAACCUUCCACCGCACACUCAUACAGGAACUACAAACACAACAGGUAAUCAUUCACAUUCAAUAACAAAAAGAGGUUAUACAAAUCUUGCAGCAGGUUCGGAUAGACAGGGAAUGAAUAGAUAUGAUAUUUCAAGUGACCCAGUAGAUUCAAGCGCAGGUAUUUUCUGUGGAACCACAGGAAAUCAUUCACACACUUUCACAACAAAUCCAACAGGUUCGGGUGCAGAUUAUAUGCCGCCUUAUAUGACAGUUUAUGCAUGGGUUAGAACGGACUGA